GCGUCAUCAGAAAUCGACAGGAGUACUUUUUGCUAGCUAGAUGGAUGGAAGCCGGUAAUAUGUGAAGAUGUUUUCUAGAAUGACGGCAGUCAAAUAGGAGGAGGAAUGAGGGACUUCGGGCCAGCAGAGCUGGUCGCAGGCCUCUGUCAUACUGACCAGCAGAAUCCCUUCCCUGUGUGGCAGAAUGGGCACAUCAGCCCCUGUUUUAACCAGCUUGUCCUCGGAGCCUUGCCUCAUGCGGGGAUGGCCAUUUUCAGUGCCUGCUACCUCAGCAUGGCGAGAUCCAGCCUUCUCCAGACGUCUCCUCCCUGUGGUUGGACACUCAGGUUGGUGUCCACUCUGCUGGCUGCGCUGCUCUUCACCGCAGAUGUCAUCCUGGUGAGCCUCCUCCAGCAGGCGGAUGUGUACCUGGAUGUCCUAGCUGACAGCUGUGCCAUCCUGGCCUGGCUGGUCCACUUCAGUGCCAUCGCAGUGCUCCAGAGGACUGCUUUCAGGAGAACCAGAGGACCUCCACUGCUGCUUCUGCUGGUUCUUCUGUCUGUCCCAAACCUGGUCGUCACCUUGAUGAUUAACUGUUUCAAUCAGGAAUAUUUGAACCUCAGAGAACCUCUUAAAUUGGCUCGUUUUGUGCUUGUCUCAGCCCGAACACUUCCCCUAUUAGUUUAUCUUCUGGCAUUUGCAUUUCCCUGUGUCAGUGAUGCUGGAUAUACUUUGUAUGUCAACGCUGUGGAUGGAUCCCCACUCAUCCCAGAGAGCACCCAGACGGAGACCGGUGAGAUGGUGGCCGAGGAUGGGAGCGGUUGCUUCUCUCGCCUCUUCUACCUGUGGUUGACCCCUCUGCUCAGACGAGGGCAGCGAGGGGAGCUGGACAGACCAGCUGAUGUUUAUCACCUCCCUCAGAAACUUCGGACUAGUGUGGUUUGUCGAUACUUCCACCAGUGCUGGGAAGCCUGCCGACGAGGGGCGGCAGUCAGUAACGGGCAGGAUCAGUGGCCCAGGCCGGUCAGCAGAAACCUCAUGAGUGGCACCUGGAGUUCACACUACCAGGAGGAACCACUGGAGCUGGAGGGUGAUGUAGGACUGCUGAGGGUGCUGCACAAGGCAUUUGGUUUGUGGUACUACAUCCUUGGUGUGCUAAAGGUGGUUGUCAACAUGCUGGGCUUUGCAGGUCCGCUGCUCCUCAGCAGUCUGGUGAACUUCAUGGAGGAUGAGGGAGCUCCAGCCAGCACGGGUGCCUGGAUCGCUUUAGGGCUCUUUGCCACAGCUCUUCUCUCUUCCAUCCUCCGAAACAUAUUCGUCUUUGAGGUCUCCAAGGUGGCGCUGUCAGCACGCGCCACCCUUGUGUCGGCCAUCUAUGGCAAAGCCCUGCGGGUCAGUGGCAGCAGCCUGGCUGGCUCCACUCUUGGAGAGGUGGUGAACUUAAUGAGCACGGACACCGACCGGGUGGUCAACUUCUUCAGCAGUUUCCAUGAGCUUUGGAGCAUGCCCUUCCAGUUUAGCAUCACCCUGUACUUGCUGUACCUACAGGUGGGUGUGGCUUUCCUCGGAGGGCUGGGUGUGGCGCUGCUUCUGGUGCCGCUCAACAAGUUCCUCGCUGUCCGUAUCCUUAGCAACAAUAAACACAUGCUCAGGUACAAGGACAGUCGUGUUAAGUUAAUGACGGAGAUCCUCUUUGGUAUUCGCGUCAUCAAGUUCUACAACUGGGAGCCUCAUUUUUCUCAGAAGGUAGCCAACUAUCGUAAGCAAGAGCUGUCCCACCUCAAGGCCAUCAAGUACCUGGAUGCCAUGUGUGUUUACACCUGGGCUGCUUUGCCUGUCGUCACCUCCAUCCUCACCUUCGUCACGUAUGUGCUGCUGGGACACCAGCUGACUGCAGCCAAGGUGUUCACCACGCUGGCUCUGGUGGGUAUGUUGAUCACCCCACUCAACUCUUUCCCCUGGGUGCUCAACGGCAUCCUGGAGGCCAAAGUGUCUCUGGAGCGAAUCCAACGUUUCUUCAAACUGACCAACCAGGACCUGCAGGCCUACUACGCCCUGGUUUCUCCUGACGACAGCCAGACAUCGGUCCUGUUAAGCCAGGGGACAUUUUCCUGGCAGGGGCCCGAUGGUUUGAACCAGAACAAAGAGGGAGAAACUGAAACUGGAGCCGCUAAAGGGAGUCUGAUGCUGCAGAGUCUCAAUCUACAAGUGACCAAGGGCUCUCUGGUUGUUGUGGUGGGGAAGGUCGGCUGUGGGAAGAGUUCCUUACUGGCUGCUCUCACUGGAGAACUCAGCAGGCUGAGUGGAGUGGUAUAUGUUGCAGACAGAGAGGCGGGUUUCGGUCUGGCUUCUCAGGAGCCGUGGAUCCAGCACGCAUCAGUACGGAACAACAUCCUGUUUGGCAAAGACUACGAUCCCGCCUUCUACCAGGCUGUGAUCGAGGCCUGUGCUCUCUCAGACGACCUCAAUGUUUUGCCAAAUGGUGACAAAACAGAAGUAGGAGAGAACGGAGUGACGCUGAGUGGAGGACAGAAGGCUCGAGUGGCCCUCGCCAGAGCUGUUUACAUGGACAAAGACAUUUACCUCCUCGACGACCCGUUGGCAGCGGUUGAUGCCGACGUGGCCGAACACCUCAUGAAGAAAUGUAUCAUGGAGCUCCUCAGGGGAAAGACCAGAAUCCUUUGCACACACCGCAUAGAGUUUGUGGACAAAGCCGACAUGGUGGUCCUCAUGGAUAAUGGAACGAUCAUCAAGACAGGCACACCAGCAGAAAUCCUUCCUUUGGUCGAGGCAGUGCCAAAAAAACGGAAGAAUGAUCACAACAUGAAAGAGAAAGAUGGUGUGGAGCAGGAGGAAGAGGAGCCGGGCUCAUCACCUGACCGAUGUGUGGAUGAUGACCCCGACCUGUCGGUGGCGGAGCAGAAGCAGGUGGGCGGGCUGGCGUGGAGAGUUUACAAGACCUACUGGGUUUCUGUAGGCGGAGUGCUGGCUGCUUCCAUCCUGAUGUCUCUGCUCCUCAUGCAAGCCUCUAAGAAUGUUUCUGACUGGUGGCUCUCCCACUGGAUCUCAGAGCUGAAAAACAACAACUCAUCUAGAACAAAUGUUUCUUCCUCCAGUGCCUUCAGCUCACCUCACCUGCUACUCUUCUCACCUGGAGGGUUAAUGUCUCCUCUGUACUCCUCUCUGCAAACAUCCCCUUCAAGCAACUUGAGCUCAGAUGUCAAGUUUUACCUGACGGUGUACGGCUCCAUUGCCGCGGCCAACACCGUCUUCACCGCCCUUCGAGCCUUCCUCUUUGCCUACGGAGCCAUCUGCGCUGCGACUGUCAUCCACAACAGACUUCUGGAGCGGGUCCUUAAGGCCACAGUGACCUUCUUUGACACCACCCCAAUGGGUCGCGUUCUGAAUCGUUUUUCUUCAGACCUGUACAGCGUGGAUGACAGCCUGCCGUUCAUCCUGAACAUCCUGCUGGCCAAUGUUUUCGGUCUGCUGGGCAUGCUGGUGGUGAUAAGCUAUGGCCUCCCUUGGGUCCUAGUGCCCCUGCUACCUCUGGCUCUGCUCUACCACCGCACACAGCACUUCUACCGACACACCUCUCGGGAGCUGAAGCGCCUGUGCAGCCUCACUCUGUCACCCGUCUACUCACACUUCUCUGAGACGCUGACUGGGCUGGGAACCAUCCGGGCCAGCGCUAGCUCUGCCAGGUUUGAGGAGGAGAGCGCCAGGCGUCUGGAGCAGAACCAACGCUGCCUUUUCCUUAGCAACGCCGCCAUGCAGUGGCUGGACAUCCGCCUGCAGCUGAUUGGUGUUGCUGUGGUGACGGGCCUCGGGGUGAUCGCUGUCAUCCAGCACCAGUAUAAAUCUGUUGAUCCCGGUCUGGUGGGUCUGUCCCUGUCCUACGCUCUGUCCAUCACAUCGCUGCUGUCUGGCCUCAUAUUCAGCUUCAGCCAGACUGAGAUGCAGCUGGUGAGCGUGGAGAGAACUGAGGAGUACUCCACCGGCCUUUCCACCGAGCCACAACACCAGAACACACAGCAGUUGUCUCCAACGUGGCCCGAGCAGGGCUGGUUGGAGUUCCGCGGUGUGGUUUUGGCCUACAGGGACGGUCUUCCCAACGCCCUGGACGGGGUGAGCCUGGUAGUGCGACCUGGGGAGAAAGUGGGUAUCGUGGGACGUACAGGCUCCGGCAAGUCCACCCUGUUCCUGGCCCUGUUCCGUAUGGUGGAGCUCAACCAGGGUCAGAUUCUCCUGGACGAGCUGGACAUCAGCACCGUGGGCCUGGCUCAGCUCAGGUCCAGGUUGGCCAUUAUCCCUCAGGACCCCUUUCUGUUCAGCGGAACCAUCAGGGAGAAUCUGGACCCAUGUGGGCGUCACCUGGACCAGCAGCUGCUGGAUGUCCUGGACCAGUGCCACCUCAGAUCUGUGAUGGAUAGGAUGGGUGGUCUGAAUGCUGAGGUUGGGGAGAGAGGAAAAUCCUUCUCUGUGGGACAGAGACAGCUGCUGUGUCUGGCCAGAGCUCUGCUGACCCAGGCCAAGGUCCUGUGUAUUGAUGAAGCCACAGCAAGCGUGGAUCAGAAGACCGACAAACUGCUGCAGCAGACCAUCAGAGAGAAGUUUCAGGACAAGACUGUCCUCACUAUUGCACACAGGAUCAACACCAUCAUGGACUGUGACCGGGUGCUGGUGAUGCAUGCUGGAAAGGCGGUGGAGUUUGACACCCCAGCUGCUCUCUGCCAAAGUGACCACUCCAUCUUCCACAGGCUGGUUGGUCAGAGAGGAGAGUGAGACGCUUAAUAAGACACUGGCAAGAGGGACCUUAUCAGAAAACGAAAGAUUUAUUUUUAUUUUUUUAUCCUAUCUUACCCUUCACACAUGUUUACGGCUUUUAUUGCACACAUUUAAAACAAAAUAGUUAAAAAGCUCUUCCACUGUCGGAGCAGAUAAGCAGUAAUGCCAUGUCCAGGCUACACUUUUGUUAUUUUGUGCUGACAUUUAGUUUAUUUUAAUUGAUGACUUUAUGCUAAACCAGCAUUAAUAGAUUUUUUGCCUGCUUGAUCUUAUUUUUGGGGACAAUUUAUAACUAUGAAGCAAUUCAGUUGCACUGCAUAUUGGUAAAUCAACAAAUCAUCAAAACAUUUCAAAUGUAUUAUUACAAGUGGGUAACUUUCUCUCUCUCUCUCUCUCUCUGGACUCUUCUUACGGAAGAAAGAAUUUAAAAUGUGAAAAGGGUCAAAUAUUAAAAUGUAUACUCUCUGUGAGCUGCUAUCAAACAUUAGGGAACACCUUUGCUCCUGGUCUUUUUAUAUUUUAACCCUAAUUUAGGCGGUUAAGGAAUUUACAUUUACAUUUAUUAAUUUAGCUGACGCUUGUGCUUUAUAUGUCAGAGGUCGUACGCCUCUGGUGCAACUAGGGGUUAAGUGUCUUGCUCAAGGACACAUUGGUGGAUGUGUCACGGGGGAUGGGGGGGAUUGAACCUGGGUCUCUCCCACCCCUCCACUAAACCCCAGACUGUGGAAUUAUAAUAACUGAGUAAGAAGUUAUGCAAGACCCUUAGUUUCAGUUGUAUAAAAUCUCUGAAUAUAUUCUCUUAAAUUAUGAAAUUUAUGUAGAAAAAAUAUCUGUGUACAGUUAAAUGAUAUGUCAGAUGUCACUGCAAGUUUAGGCGCCUCUUUCUGUAGUUGCAGUCAGGGAUGAAGCAAUAUCAGCCUGAGAUAACAGUCCCAACGCCUGAAUGAGUGAUCUGUCGAUUAGUAAUCUGUUCUGUUCUCAACUUCUACGUUAAAGUGUGAGUUAAUGAUCAUUUUGUAAUCAUCAUAAAGUUUUCCUGUACUUACUUAUAUGGUGAAAUUAUUUAGAGAUGUUCUGUGUAAAAUGAGGUUUAAAUGAAGGUCUUUGAUAAAGUGUUUUUCAUUUAGAUUUUUGCAGGUUUGGAUUUUCUAUUGGAACAUAGAUUUAGGGCACAGUUAACUGACCCUAGAUCAGUUUGAGAUACCUCAGCUCAGAGGCAAACCACUAAACAUUGACCUGUUAUAGCUGAAAGCAUUGUUCAGAAGCUAUCCGGUCAGAUUUCAGUGUUUUUCACAGUACAGAUUUGUACUGUAUAAUGUACCACUGCUAAUAAAACCUCAGUUCACCAUCGUCUUGAUUUAAUGCAUCAUUAGAUGCAAUUGACUGCAACAUUUUUAUAAAUCAUGUCAACACAUUAGUCCUGGAGAUCAGGAAAUAAUGACAUACUGUAUAUUUUGGUGUUCCUCAAGGAAGCUGUUUUGGUCCCCUGAUGUUUUUGUUACACAUGCGUUUCUUGGAUGAUAUCUUCAGAGAACAUGAUACUAGCUACUGUAUGCUGAUGAUAAACAAUUCUACAUUUCCCCGUCUAUCAUCUGUAGGCACUCAAUAUGAUGAUAUCUUAAAAUUACAUUUUUAGGGAAUUUUAAAGGCAUUUAUUAGCAUUGCCGUAGCAUAUUAUUUAUUUUCCACUGAGGGUAAAUUAAGGUAAUUGGUCAUCUGGCUCUGUAUUGUCUUACAUCUUCUUUUAUGUUGUAAUAAAUAAAUUCACUACUCAUAUGUAUUAUUUUAAUAAACUUACAGGUCUCUUUUGCUGCUAGUUUGUUAGAUGGUCACAGCCAUGCCCAAAAUAAAACUGGAAAUGGAGCUUUUAUCUUAAUAUUCUCCUAAAUUUCCUUAACUUUGGAACAUAAAACACAAGAAAAGCUGAAAAAUUUACAUACAUGCUUUUAAUAAUAGUUUUUUCAUUUUUGAUUUGUUCAGUUUUUUUUUACUUUUGUUUUUCAGUUUUUCACUUUAAUAUUCAGUUUAAUGCUUUUUGACUGGUUUGAACUGUUCACUCUUAACACGCAAAAUAUAUACAGUUUUUCCACUUUAAUGAAUAUUGAGAGCCGUAUACAUAGUUAAUCAUUAUUAGCAUAUUAUUGCACAAGAUCAAAAGGUCAGACAGGGUGGCAUUUGGGACUUCUGAAUUCCCUGGUUAGUUUUCUAAACGUUAUCUUUGUCACUUACAUUUUUUUGGUAACCUCUUAUCAAAACAAGAUGCAAGUUUUCUAAGUGUGUGUUUUUGUAUUUAAAACACAAGCUAUUUUUUAUAACCAGAGGGGAUGUUUUUAGAAUGAAUUGUCUUCUCUGUGAAUGAUUUGCCGUCCUUCACCAGUCAGUCAUAAAGAGGAUUUGCUGUUAUUGCCGGUGAAAAAUGAAACUUUGUGGUGUGUUUGUCUUCUCUUGUUUCUUGUUCAUAUCCACCGUGUAUCUGUUACAAACAAUUGUGACUUCAUUCACUUGUGACAUAUUUUUCUGAACUUGGGUCAACAUCACAUUGUCCAAACAUGAAACCUCGCUAACAGUACAUUUUAUUCACCCUGACUGUUUUAUACUGUAUUUGGAUAUUUUACGGAAAUAAAGUCUGUGAACUUGA